CAGACUUUUUCCCGGUUCCUUCGCCAACCCAAAUUUCUGACUUGAGGAAAAACGCAGCCUCCCUACCUCUUCUUCUCUCCUCUCAAAUUUUUAAAUCAAAACAAACUAAGCACAUUUUCCUUCCGAAAGCGCCACCUUCCGAGUCGACUCACUCCUCGCUACCUAAACUCGUCCAUUUUUGACUCGGUCACCGCAGCAUGGAGAACCUGAUAACAUUGGUGAACAAGAUACAGAGAGCGUGUACGGCGCUUGGCGAUCACGGCGAAGAAAGCGCGUUGCCCACCCUUUGGGAUUCCUUGCCUUCCAUCGCCGUCGUCGGUGGUCAAAGUUCUGGAAAGUCAUCUGUGCUGGAGAGUAUCGUUGGAAAAGAUUUUUUACCUCGUGGCGCAGGGAUUGUUACAAGGCGGCCUCUCGUCUUGCAACUUCAUAGGAUAGAUGAAGGAAAAGAAUAUGCAGAGUUCAUGCACCUUCCUAGAAAGAAAUUCACCGAUUUUGCUGCGGUUAGGAAGGAGAUUUCUGAUGAGACAGAUCGAGAAACUGGCCGUACCAAACAAAUUUCUAGCGUUCCGAUCCAUCUCAGUAUCUUCUCUCCUAAUGUGGUGAACUUGACAUUGGUUGAUCUCCCUGGACUUACAAAAGUAGCUGUUGAGGGACAACCUGAAAGCAUCGUGCAAGACAUUGAGAAUAUGGUUCGGGCAUUUAUCGAAAAGCCCAACUGUAUCAUCCUGGCAAUUUCUCCUGCCAAUCAAGAUCUUGCUACUUCUGAUGCAAUAAAAAUUUCACGUGAGGUUGACCCUAAAGGAGAGAGGACAUUUGGAGUUUUAACGAAGAUUGAUCUGAUGGACCAGGGUACCAAUGCAGUUGAUAUUCUGGAAGGAAAAUCAUAUAAGCUACAGUUUCCAUGGAUUGGUGUUGUUAACCGCUCUCAAGCUGACAUUAACAAGAGUGUUGAUAUGAUUGCUGCUCGACGUAGAGAGAGAGAAUAUUUUCAAAAUAGCCCGGAGUAUAGUCACCUUGCUAACAGGAUGGGUUCUGAGCACUUAGGAAAGAUGCUUUCUAAGCACUUGGAACUGGUGAUAAAGUCUCGACUUCCUGGUCUUCAGUCUCUUAUUAGCAAGACUAUAAUUGAUCUGGAGGCAGAACUGAGCCGUCUUGGGAAGCCUAUUGCUGCUGAUGCUGGAGGGAAGUUAUAUAUGAUAAUGGAAAUCUGUCGAGCUUUUGACCAAAACUUUAAAGAACAUCUUGAUGGCGUACGCCCUGGAGGUGAUAAAGUAUAUGGUGUAUUUGAUAACCAACUUCCUGCUGCUUUGAAGAGGUUACAAUUUGAUAAACAUCUUUCAAUGGAUAAUGUGCGCAAGUUAAUUACUGAAGCUGAUGGAUACCAACCACAUCUGAUAGCUCCUGAGCAAGGAUAUCGCCGUCUUAUAGAAUCUUGUUUAGUAUCUAUUAGAGGUCCUGCUGAAGCAGCUGUUGAUGCGGUUCAUUCUAUACUAAAGGACCUUGUUAACAAGGCUAUGGCUGAGACAAUGGAACUUAAGCAGUAUCCCACUUUAAGAGUGGAAGUAAGGAAUGCUGCUAUUGAAUCAUUGGAAAGACUGAGGGAAGAAAGCAAGAGAGCAACUCUACAGCUAGUUGAUAUGGAAUGUGGUUACCUGACUGUUGAAUUUUUCCGGAAACUUCCUCAAGAUAUUGAGAAGGGUGGAAAUCCUACACAUUCAGUUUUUGAUAGAUAUAACGAUUCCUAUCUUCGACGAGUUGGUAGCACUGUCCUGUCCUACGUCAAUAUGACUUGUGCAAGUUUGAGAAACUCUAUCCCAAAGUCAGUUGUCUAUUGUCAAGUCCGCGAGGCCAAACGCAGCUUGCUUGACUUCUUCUUCACUGAACUGGGUAAAAAAGAGACAAAGCAGUUGGCUAAGUUGCUGGAUGAGGAUCCAGCAGUUAUGCAGCGUCGUACCAACCUUGCAAAGAGACUGGAGUUGUACAGGAGCGCCCAAGCAGAGAUCGAUACAGUUGCCUGGUCGAAGUAGCGGAGAAUGGACUGUUUUCAAAACCUAGCUCUUUUUAUCGGUCGUUGAAUUGAGACUUAUCUGCAGGAUGAUUCUUUUAUUCAUUGGAACAGGAGAGUGGGCUGCAGAGUUUAUUUUCCACUGCUUUUUAGUUAGGACAUAUAAACCGACACAAAGGAUUCAGUCAGCCGUUAUUGAUGUAGUCCCUUUAAUAUUUUAUUUCAUAUAAAUUCUCACAUAUUCUUUUUGUAAGUAGCAUUAAUUUGAAUUGAGAGUUCCUAUUAGUAAACGUAUAUUUGCGUUAACACAAAUUUUCUGGC